UUUCUUGCACCAUCGCCCCGGGCGACCUGGGCAUUCGGUGGCGCUUACUGGGCAGUCUACAGCUGACCUUAUGGUCUACCGUAUUGUCUUUGGGUAUUAUUUCUCUUUAAUUCCUUCGCACGAAAACUUGAGGUGCCAAAACAAAGUCCACCUGCUGGCGCUGAGGCAACAUACACGUGUAUUUGUGCUUAUGAAUAAGGAGGGCUCUGCGGUAAGAAAGCAAUCUGUUCAGAGCCUUUUCUGAUCUCGUCCUGUUUGCCAGCACAGGUACAGAGCAGUUGAACUCUUCCAAACUGCUUACUUUUGCAUAGCAGCUGUGACCAGCAGUAUCCACUAAAGGACAGGCUUCUUCAUUUGGCAACAGGGCUGCAAUGCAGUAUGGAGAUUAGCAGUUACCAUGUUUCACCUAUGAGAAGAAUGUGAGCCCCACCAAGGAAGCCAUCAUGGGUCCCGCACAACUCACCGCACACAAUCAUGGGAAAAAGACAUGCGUAUUUGAGAUGGAGGAGAAAAGAUUUGCUCUUUUCUAUGGCUCAGAGAUCCCACCUGAGCACUCAGAAAAUCCUCCCCUGAAAAGGAAGAAGGGGCCUGCCCCAAAGAUGCUUGGUAAUGAGGUGUGCAGUGUCUGUGGGGACAAGGCCUCCGGCUUCCACUACAAUGUACUGAGCUGCGAGGGCUGCAAGGGCUUUUUCCGUCGCAGUGUCAUCAAGGGUGCACAGUACAUCUGCAAGAAUGGCGGCCAGUGUGAAAUGGACAUGUACAUGCGCCGAAAGUGCCAGGAAUGCCGGCUACGCAAGUGCCAAGAGGCAGGCAUGCGGGAACAAUGUGUUCUUUCUGAAGAGCAGAUUCAGUUGAAAAAGCUUAAGAAGCAGGAAGAUGAUCAGGCUCGAAUGGUGGUUGUGCGGCAGAACCCACCAUCUCCUCCCAGCAACCCUCCCAAAAUGACAUCUCAGCAGCUUAAUAUGAUAGAAAAGCUGGUGGCAGCUCAGCAGCAAUGCAACCAGCGCUCCUUCACAGACAGGCUCAAAGUGACGCCGUGGCCUCAAAUUUCAGAUCCUCAUAACCGUGAAGCACGACAACAGCGCUUUGCUCAUUUUACAGAGCUUGCAAUAAUUUCUGUGCAGGAGAUUGUGGACUUUGCUAAGCAGUUGCCAGGUUUUAUGGAGCUUACCAGGGAAGAUCAGAUAGCUCUUCUCAAGAUGUCUACAAUAGAGGUAAUGCUGUUGGAGACAUCUCGGCGCUACAGUCCAAAAACAGAAAGCAUCACGUUUUUAAAGGAUCUGAGUUACAAUCGAGAUGACUUUGCCAAAGCAGGCCUGCAGUUUGAGUUCAUUAACCCCAUUUUUGAAUUUUCAAAAGGAAUGAACGAAUUACAGCUCAGUGAUGCUGAAUAUGCGCUUUUAAUUGCUAUCAGCAUUUUCUCUGCAGACCGACCGAAUGUUCAGGACCAGCCCCUGGUGGAAAGGCUGCAGCAUACCUAUGUGGAGGCCCUUCAUUCUUACAUUUGUAUCCACAGACCAACCGAUCAUCUAAUGUUCCCACGGAUGUUGAUGAAACUGGUCAGUCUUCGGACUCUAAGUAGCGUCCAUUCUGAACAGGUGUUUGCUCUUCGGCUACAAGAUAAGAAGUUACCACCACUGUUAUCAGAGAUAUGGGAUGUCAAUGAAUGACAGCAGGGUACUGACACACUGAAGUAACCCCACUUUUCACCUUGUGCUAACAGGAAGUCAUCCUUUCCAAAGCACUUAGGGCAGUGCUGAAGACUGUGAGCCAUUGAGGUUUCUUUCAUCAGAGGAAACAAAUCAGAAGGCAAAUAAGAUGGAUAUUUUGGUCUUGCAGAAGUAGGACAGACAACAAAAACACCUCAGCAUGGUAGCGAUGAAGAAUCCUCCUCAAUAAUUUCGCCUGUGCCUUCUCUUUUCUGUGCACUUAGACUCUGAUGUUGAUUUGACCUGCCACCCAGGUGCACAAAGAGGCGUCUGAGGGAUUUCAAAGGCAUGGCUCCUUACAUGUCCACUUUAUGAAAGAACUUUAGAGUUCCUCUGGAAUGAAUGUACUUAAUAUAUUAUGUAAUUCAGAAAAAUUAAUAACAGACUAGACACAGAUGGGGGCAUUUGUUGUAUUUCCUCUUCAUAAGACUUAAUUUCUUAAAGGGUUGCUAUUUUUUGGGAGGUGGAACCACAAGUGCCAUUUUUUUGCUGACUACUUGGAAAGGUGGGCAGUGGGUUGGGAAGGCUAUCCAUAGUCUUUCCCAAUCAUUUCCCUCCUGUCCCAAGUGUCUAACAAUCACUGUGAUACUUUAGCUUGUGUAGCUAAACAUGUACAGUUUCAGUGUUCUGGGGAACCACAUUUAAUCAUAGUUGUCUGCCACAUUCAACUGCUUCAGAUGUGAUGGUGUAUACCAUGUGUAUACAACAUAAACUUGGGCAGUGUAGUCCUGUGCAUACCUGCUCAAAAGUAAAUACCUUACUCUCAAGUAAUUAUUCAUAUUAACUUAAUCUGUAACCUUUUGAUUGGAAAGCAAUGUGUGCUUGUGGAUUAGUGAAGCUCCAAUAUCAACGUGGGGUAUUUGAAUGAAUGUCAUGCCUAUGGAGUCUACACUGAACAGCAGGCUUCCACACUGCAUUGUACUUUGCUGUCCCAGGCUGCUCUGUUCCUCGUUAAGCAGAAACUGUUGGUUACAUCUCUGUUUCUUCAGUUUCAGUAAAAGUGGUGAUGUCCUAUCCUAUCCAAUUCAUUUGGGGGGGGGGGGGGGGGGGGGGGUUGCCAGUACUCAGGGAGGAAAACUUAAAACACAAAGGAAUGUAUCUAAUCCUGGGCCAUUUCCAUACAGAUUAUCUGCCCUGGAUUAAAUGCUGUUGGUUUCCCCCCCCCUACUUCCUAUAGUAUUGAGGUGCAUUUGUGCACCUCCUGGGUGCUUUUCUCUGUUUUUUCUCGGAUCUUUUUGAAACCUGCUUUGUUCUGACAUUUUGAAAAAGAUUGCAGCAAAACCUAGAUGGGUUCCAUGUGGGUAAGAGAGUUCAGAUUUUCACAACAACAUGGCAGCCAUUUUCCUGGUCUCCAUGGCUGGUUCUUUUAUUUGACUCUGCUCAGCACAAGGGGGAGUAUGGGAAAUGGUAUACUAAAAGGUAAAUGCCCUUUUCUCCAAAAUACCCAUGUGGUUAGUUUCAGGCUCCAAUUGUGUAGACUGGUGUGGCUCAUGGUCCCUGUCGGUAAUCAGGACCUGAAGAGAUCAACAUGAGCUGAAACGCUCUCCAUAACAGCAUUCCUCAAAUUUGGAGCUAUAUAUACAGGACUGCAGCUGAUGGGUGUGAAGAUUUGUUGGAAUGGAGCUAAAUAUUUAGUAUUUACAACUUGGCCUUCAUACUGAACAUCUCAAAAUGUGGAACUAUGUGCAAAUCCAUGUCACCAAAUUUGAUGGCUGCUUUUGUUAGAGAAAAGACAAGAGGCCAGGAUGAUUUGGAACAAUUAGUGGUGAGCUGCUUAACCCUUUUUUCCACCUUCCAAUUUAAGUUUGUGGCUUUCAUCCCAUCCCCCUUUUUUAUCCUCCUGGAGGUUUGCAAGAGUCAGUCUGAAGCAUGUGUCAUCCUUAGGCUAGGAAAAGCAGCUGAAGGAGGAUUGGAGGUGGGGGAGUGCUGAACAAUGAAACAGGCAAGCGCUCUUCCCUCUCCCCAAGUCUCUCCUCCAAAUUGACCUUUACAGAAACAGCUGUUCUCUUUAAAAAGUACUUAUUGGGCUUUUGUUAUAUGAAUGUGUAUGUAAUGUUUAGUUCUAGGUGCUGAUCUCUUUAGGAAAGAAUAGAAUCUUUUGGAUGCGUGAUGAAAGCCUGUUCGUUUGUCUGUUAAGAGUAUGAAAGGGCCUUCAUCUAUUCAUAGAUAUCUGGUUGUAGCCUCAAAUAUGCCAAAUUCUCCUUCUGGAAUGGCCCUUUGGUCUUUGUAUCCAUAAAUAAUUUAAUGUUUACAGCCUGAGCCUACACAGUUACAUAAGCCUAUGUCCAUGAUUUCACUGGGUUUCGAUUUACAUAAUUUAGCAUAGGAUGCAACUGCUAGAAGAAUAAUUUGCUUGACAAAAUACUCAUUGAUAUAAAUGCUUGUAGAAACAAACUGUUUAAUGCCAGGAAUCAAAUUUGAGUUUUCCUGGUAGUUUGGUGUUAUGUGCUUCCCUUAUUAUUAGGGAUUUAAGUUAAUGUGCCAUCAAGCAUGAUGAAAGUCUGGUCUCCCCAAUGAAUGUGAAUGUUGACUAUGCAACCAAGUUCCAUGCCUGUGGUGUCGGCCUUCUGUUUGAUCUGCAUUUGAGUUUGGUCUUUUUCUACUGGCCUUCAUUAUGUAAAGCACUUAUAAGCAUUUUUAAAAUUUGUUUUAUAACUCAUUGUAACUGCAAUGUUCUUGCCAUUUAAUUCUGUAUUUUAACUAAUUGUUGGCAAAAUUCUAUGCAAAAGAAUAAAGGUUAAGAACUGUUAUUGUUGUAAGAGAGAAAAAUUCAAAAAUCACUUCUAGAUUUUCUGGAAGGGCAAAUGAGAACUAAUCAUAUCAAGAAUGGUAGAAUU